UCUACAAAUACCCACGUACGUGCCCCGGGUUCUUCAGCCACGUUCACAGUCGCACAAGCACUCUUCUAGUUCUAGCCAACCCGUACGUGCAAGCACCUCUGCACCAUCGGGUUUUCAGCAGCCAUGGCGCCGAAGGCCUCCCUCCUCGUGGCCCUCAGCCUGGUCCUCGUCUUCACCGUGGCCAACGCGUGCGGCGAUAGCUGCCCGACGCCGACUCCGGCGACCCCGACACCGACGCCGUCCCACAGCAAGUGCCCCAAGAACGCGCUGAAGCUCGCUGCGUGCGCCGACGUCCUGGGCCUCGUCCUCGCCCAGGUCGACCAGCCGCCGGCCGAGCCGUGCUGCAGCAUCCUCGGCGGCCUCGCCGACCUCGAGGCCGCCGUCUGCCUCUGCACGGCCAUCAAGGCCAACGUGCUCGGCAUCAGCCUCGACAUCCCCGUCAAGCUCAGCCUCCUCGUCAACUACUGCGGCAAGAACCUCCCAAGUGGCUUCAUUUGCGCUUGAUUAAGAUACGUAGUUCAUCAUGUACUUGCAUGCAGCGCGCGCACACGAAAACAACGUUCAUUCGUGACUGCAUGCAUGUUGGGUUCGUCGAUAUCCUUGUCUGCUUACUUUGUUGGUUCUGAAUGUAGAACUGCUUCAGAUCUACUGUAUCUGGUGUGCCAAUUGUUGUGCAUGUUUCGUGUGUGUUGCGGGGGAGAUGCAAUAGUGUUUGUACUUGGGGUUGUAUCUGCAAUUGGUGUGUCUAGCUAUCCAAUGCAUGUAGUACGUGUGCCAAGUUGUGAUCAAGCAAUGCUGCUUGUAUUAAGUAUUACUAGCAUAAAUGUCCGUGCGUUGCAACGAGAGUGUA